AUGGCGGACUCUAACAACCCUGCCUCCGAACCUUCUUCGAUCAUAGCACCCCUCGAUAUGGAAUGGGCUCGAGAUGAGCUGGUUCCCUUCCUACAGUCGGUAUUCGCGCAACCAGGCAAACCCGCGGAUGAUUGGAUGAAGAGUAUCCUUCAUGCGAGGCGCAAUAUACAUCUAAUACCCUUUUACGAAGACUUUCCGUUGACGAUUGAACGUCUUCGCCUCACUCUACUCAACUCGGAAACCCUUACGCCAAAGGAGCUGUCGAAAUUCACGAAGGUCACUGAGCUAGGUAGCCAGAUGUGCAUUCGUAUAUUCGUACGCCAUGCAGCUACACAAGGGCCAUACCUGCUCUUCUCACUCGGUCGAGAUCCAAAUCCAGAUCUCCGACGAGGAAGUCAGGCUAGGGGCAGCCGUCCUGCUCGGACACAACCGCCGCAGCUCAUGGACGAGAACAGGGCGCUGCAGAAACAGAUGAGCGCUCUCAACCUCGAAAUUGAAGGUCAUCACGGAGGCAGAUAUGUUCAGACAAUUCGGCCACGGCAGCUUCGUGGAGAAUACGAAGGACAUCCAGAUAACGGCCAUCACUUGAAUCGAGGAGCGCGUGUGUCUCAGGCGGUGCAACAGCCGUCCCCGCAAUACCCACCAGCUCCAUUUGGUGGAUACAGUCAGCCCUACGACGAUCCUUCGAUGGCGCGUACUCCAUACGCGCCUACUCCAUCAAUGGUUGGGUACGGUAUGCAGGAUUAUGGCAACCCUCCACCACAAUCGUACAGUGAAUGGAAUGUCAGUCAAAGCUACCACAACGCGCAACAGGCCAACUCUGCUCAACCACGAGCCAGUAGCGCUUACCCAAUGUCGCCACCACAAGUAAUGCUUGUUCCGCAGCAAUUCCGCGUGCCCAGUCGUCAAGGACAACAAUUUCAACACCAUCGUGCUGCUUCAGCGGGUCAACAAGGUCAAGUAUUGGCACAGAAUGAAGACCAUUCGGUACCUCCUCUGGGACAAGCUUCAUCUUCAAGAAGAGCUAGCAGUUCCGUACUCCGUCCUGAAGCGAGACCAUUCAUUCCAGGUAAAGCUAUCUAG